AGACAAGGACAACAGCAUCGCGGAGCCCAUACUCCCGACAAAGACAGCAUCAGCCGAGCUCGCGCUAGACAAGGACAGCUCGAUUCCCGACGACGGCGAACUCGCUCAGCUAUAGCAAGUCUCAGCGGUGGCGGCGCAGACUGUGUGGAGCUGCUGCGGGGCGAGAGUGUGUGACUGACUGCACGCAGCGGAGGAAAAGGGAUAGAGUGUGUGUGCGUUGCUGGUGCGUGCAUCAGCCGUGAAGAGGAUCCUCGGCGUCGCAGCUUCCUCGUCGCCGCGCAGGCAGCAGCAGUGGCGGCAGAGCGACCUUCAAACACUACUCCGUAUACGUAAAACACGACAAUCCGUCUGAGGAAUAGCGCUCGAGCUCCCCAGACGCAGAGAGAAAGAUAGAUAUAUACAUAUAGAUAUAUAGAGCAAGAGAGAAAGAGAAAGAGAGCCGUAUGUGUACAGCCGUAUACAGAGUGCGUGAGUGCGAGUGAGAUAGAGAGUUAUAUAUAUAUAUAUAUAUAUAUUAUAUAUAUUGUACGUACAACGCGCGAGAGCGAGAAAGAGAGGGAACGGAGUUUUUUCUUUCUCGGCUCUCCCGUAUUUUAACGCCGAAGUAUAAAUAAAGCUAGAGAUAAGAAGGAACACAGGGAGCGCGCGGAGAAGAGAAAGACGGAGCUAGAGAUAGUAGCUCGUGUGCGACGGGGGAUUAUCAUAGACGUUGUCGUCGUGUCUUCGUCAUACAUACAGUCUACGUCUCGCGAAUGUGUAGUGGAGACGGAGUUCGGGGCACAGAAGAAGAGCGAGCAGUAGCUGCGAAGGUGGAGCGUGCCGAGUCCGUACGAGAGCAGCGAGACAAAGAGGAGCAGCAGCAGCAUAACCUCAAAACGGAGUGCGUGUGAGUGCGUUGCAAGCGAGCAACAGCAGCAGCGUCUCUCUCUCUCUCUCUCUCUCUCUCUCUCUCUCUCUCUGUAUUCGCGGGUACAGACGCAGAGAGAUACAUCCUUAAAAAACACACGGUCACAUAUAACACGAGUGUGGUAGUCAUCGUUGUGCGCGAAGCGGUUGAUGGAUGAAACUGGCAGGAUGCUGCAGCACGGUGGAUCUGGCGUCAGUUUGAUGGGCGGCAAUCAGGGCCAAGGAGGCCAGAACGCUGGUGGAUAUGGAAAUAUGGGCCCCGUCGACGGCUCCGCGGCCCAAGGGCCCGAGAACGUCGAGGCCAGGAAACAGGAUAUCGGGGAUAUCCUGCAGCAGAUCAUGAACAUCACCGAUCAGAGCUUGGACGAGGCGCAAGCGAGAAAGCACACGCUGAACUGUCACAGAAUGAAGCCAGCUCUGUUCUCGGUGCUGUGUGAAAUCAAGGAGAAAACUGUUCUGUCGCUGAGAAACACUCAGGAGGAGGAGCCGCCAGACCCACAGCUGAUGAGGCUGGACAACAUGCUGAUCGCCGAGGGAGUCGCUGGACCGGAAAAGGGUGGCGGUGCUGGUGCCGCCGCCUCGGCUUCCGCUGCUGCCGCGGCUGGUCCACCUGGACAACCCGACAAUGCCAUCGAGCACUCGGACUACCGUGCCAAACUCGCUCAGAUUAGGCAGAUCUACCACCAGGAGCUCGAGAAAUACGAGCAGGCCUGUAACGAGUUUACGACUCACGUUAUGAAUCUGCUGAGGGAACAGAGUCGCACCAGACCGAUUACGCCCAAGGAAAUUGAAAGAAUGGUCCAGAUCAUCCACAAAAAGUUCUCCAGCAUUCAGAUGCAGCUCAAACAAUCCACAUGCGAGGCGGUCAUGAUUUUGAGAAGUCGAUUCCUUGAUGCUAGGCGCAAGCGAAGAAACUUCAGCAAACAAGCUUCAGAAAUCCUGAACGAAUACUUCUACUCACACCUAAGCAACCCCUAUCCCAGUGAAGAGGCGAAGGAGGAACUUGCCCGAAAGUGUGGCAUUACAGUUAGCCAGGUUUCUAACUGGUUCGGCAACAAGAGGAUACGUUACAAAAAGAACAUAGGCAAGGCACAGGAAGAGGCAAACUUAUAUGCCGCUAAAAAGGCAGCUGGAGCUUCGCCGUACAGUAUGGGCGGUGCGAGCCAGGGAACCCCGACGCCGAUGAUGUCGCCGGCGCCGCCAGGUGGACCCCAGGACAUGGCCGGCUACGGCAUGGGCAUCAACGGCAGCGACUACGGCUCCCAGCCCUACAACGACGGCUCGAUGGGCUACGACCCGAUGCACCAGUGACGGGACACAGGCAUUAAUAUCUCAUAAGUGUGUCAUCCGGACCUUUGAGAGACGAAGCUCAGCUGUGCGAGCCCCCCACGGGAUCAUUCGUCCGUUGCAACAAGCACAAGUUACUAGACUGCGAAACAAAAAUUAAAUGUUGCGAAAAUACGGGGCCUGACAUCAACUCUGCGUUUUUGAUAUGAAAACGAUCUGAGAUCGCUAAGGAAAGACAUUCGUCGUAGCUAUAAUAUAAUUUUCUUUUUCGAUUCAACUUUUACAUCUACAAUUUGUUAGUUAACUACGAACGCCUUUCUUCACGAUUCUUUGCCUUAAGCUUAUAGGCAUCUUAAAUAAGUGUGCAAUAAGAAUUUGAUAAUGAAAGUUUUUUUUCCUAUAGCCGUUAACGUAGAAUUAACAAUGAAGCUUAGAAUUAGGAAGAUUUAAAGGUCUGGAUUAUUUCGAUAUGACCGUAUCGAUAUGUGCAUUCGCGUACUGUCUACUAAGUUUACUUAUACAAUGGAAAUCGAGGGAAGUAAGAUGAAAAGAGAAUGAAAGCGUUGUCGUUUCGAAAGACCCAGUUCUCGGCGGUAGCAUGUGCGACUGCAUGUUGACUCUUGUCUUGUGUACGUUAUUAUGACAAUGAUUUUACACAGUAGUAUGCGUGCGUAUGUUUCACUUUACUCUUUGAAAUACUACUCACUGGUAUUUUUAAAUUCAAUGCCAGAAAUCCAUGCUAAACUUGCCUGAGUUACAUUUUGUUUGUCUAUAGUUUGAAAGAGAAACUUACGUAGAAAAGAUGAAACUUCAAGUAGACAGGAAUGAUAAUUUUGAAAACUAACUGAUAGACGAUGAAUUAGCUUGUUGAGAAUUGCUUGUAAACAAAAAACAGUGUAAAAAGAAACGAAAAAAAUAAUGACGCAGGGCAAGGCAAUGGCUGGGGGAUGGAUGCAGCAGAGCCGCGAGCCGGUACCGGAAUUUCCACCGCUGCACGGCGAUUCUGCCGACUCGGAUUCCGACCGGGAGAACAACAGCAAACCGCGAGUAUAAGCAAACGAGCGAGAAGGAAAACGCGCGUUCGAACAACGAGAGAGAGAGAGAGAGAGAGAGAGAGAGAGAGAGAGAGAGAGAGCUGAUGGUCAGUCGAAGGACUAUUUUCAACUCAGCCGGAUUACAUUUUCAGUUUUGUUUCCUCUUCUGAUUUUCUGUUUCACGUCAUCUGCAUCGGACGCACAUCUUAUGAAGCCAAGACACGGAAAUUACUUUAGACAUAAUAUGUAUGCGACGCGAGCGCGUGUAGCAAAGGAUCUUUCGUAUAGUUGCGUGCAAAAGUGGCGUUAUAUUUUGUCGAGUUAAGAGACACACUCGUAUUCGAUGGAACUGUAACAAGAACCUUGUUCUCUUCCUUUCUUAUAAUUUCUUAGAUUUUAUUUUUUAUUGUUUACUAUUACGUUUUACAUAUGAUAUUAUGUAAAUUUAAUUCUAUAUGUAUUUAGCUCGCGCGUGUGUACUGUAACACAUUAAUGGUGCAUUACUCGUCCGCGUAUGCGUAAUUUAUGCUAGCUCAUGUUUUAUAAUAAGUUUAUAUACUUACAUAUACUGAAAGUAAUCAAUGCAUGGCAUAUACAUAUAUAUUUUUAUCAUAUUGGGGCCACCGAUCGUUACGUUUGUAAUAUCAACAUAAAAUGAUGAGUAAAUAACGUUCGAGUUGAUCGGAAAUUCGAUAGCUCGCUGAAUUAUCAAUGAAUUAUACCGGAAGCCCCGAUAGUGAUGAGUUAAUUUUAAUUUUCGUUCAUAACGUUGAUUGUACAGCUACACUAUGAGUUAAGGAUUUACGUACAAUGUCGUAUAAAUCAAAAUUAUCAGGAUUAAUUGAACGAUGCGUUUUGUAUUUCUGUCUUGCCUUUCGAUGAGUCAAAUCACGUUUAACGCACCGAUUAACGCGGUUAUUAAAGUAGCGCAUUCUCGUUAAUCUAAGACCCAGUAUAGAGGUGACAAUAUUAAACGGUGACUUUCUGCAGGCCUUGGCCAAGGAAAAAGAGAGCAUCGCGUACGGAUUAGUUACUAUCACAUACGCUAGUUUGCCACUAAACGAUUUACGAGCGCCACUUGCUUACUACUCGUUUUUAGGUUCUUGUAAACGUUUUACUCUCGCUUCGUGCCUUUCAUUACUGCAUACAGUUUUAUCAUGACUACUUAAAUUGCUACACAAUUUUAUUUUUAAUUACGUAUAUUACAUACUUAUAUAGUAUAUAUCUAGAUAUUAUUGUCAUUUUAUUUUGCAUAGCGCAUACUGGCUUAAUCGUACGUUUGACAUUGGAUUUUUUUUUGUAUGAAAACACACAUUUUCUGCAUGUGGCGAAACCGAUGCAAUAUCGAACUCGAUAUAAAAUAUUAACCCAUAUUAUUUGUUUGAUGCGAAUACGUUAAAGGAAAUCGAAGUUUGCUUAUCACGUUACAUCGUCGUCUUUUAAUUAUUUUCGUUUUCGAUUCUUCGUUGUAGACAGCGUGUACACGUCGUGCGAACACUAUCGAGUGUCAUUGGAAAAAAAAAUAAUGUUCUGAGUUCAAAGCUUUCGAGUUCUACAUGAAUACAAGUUUACAUUAUGUUUACAAAUGUUCUUUUUUAUCGUGUUAACAAGUUUUAUACGAAAUUUUACUAAUGAAAAACAUAGAUGCGAGUGAAAGAAAAAAUUCUAUAAGCUACGUGUUAGAAAUAUGAGAUGAAAAUAACGAGCGUUUUAGAUACGUCACAGACUUGUACAUACAUGAUCAAAAUGCUUACGACAUGACCGGGCGAUGAGCACGGAAAUUUACGUUAUUAAAGUUUGCUUUCUUAC